AGGUACUGACGCUAACCCACAAUCUUAAUACACAAGCUAAGCACUUAUAACCUAUAAAUAUAUUUAUUUCGGAGCUUGGAGCAUGUACCGUUUCGGAGCACAAUACUUAUUUGUUUAUUAAUCACAUAAUAUAAAUAAAGAAACUUUGAAUGAUGGCAACUGCUUGUCGGAUAGAACAACACUAUUUUUCAAGAGAUCAUUUUUUUCAAUCCAUCGCUUUUGAGCAGUAUAGCAGUAAGCAACGUAGUGGCCUAUUUGACUAUCACCCAUGGGUGGUAUGUAUCGUAUUACACCUCCAAGGAUAUCAAUUUGUUGAUCUUUAGCAUAACCUGAGCUGGCAACCAAGUGUUCAACAGCUUCGAACCACUUUCCAGGAUCACGCCGUUUUUUUUUUCUAGAGUCCGGAGGAGUCGAACUUCUCUGCUCUUUAACUAAAAGGUCAGACCCGGCGCUGAGACUGAAUGGAAUCUGGGCUCUGAUGAAUGUAGCUUUUCAAGCAGAGCAAAGAGUAAAAUCGCCGAUAUUAACGUGUUUAGGAACUGAUCAAAUUUUUCGUCUACUCGCUGAUCCGGAAUUGGCUGUCUUGAUGAAAACGUUAGACUUAUUAAGAAAUCCCCUGUCAACCAAAACUCACAUGGAUUGAAUCAUGGCUGAUCAUGCGGCGCAUGUAAUGCAAGCUGUCAUUUUGGCUUUCGAAGAUCCAGUUCAUCCUGCAGAUGUAAAAGAGCAAGCGCUUUGUAUUCUGGCCAACGACGCAGACGGAGACCGAGCGAGAGACCAUAUAAUGGCAAACGAAGAUGUUUUGAAGAAACUUAUGGAUUACAUGAUGCAGAGCAAUGUCAAACUACAAGUAGCAGCAAUAUUUUGCGUUUGCAAUCUCGUUUGGAGAGAGGAGGCUGGAGCGGCGCAGCGUCAGGCUCGUUUGAAAGAAUUGAGUCUAUAUAGGAUUUCACUGCAAUUGCGACGCACGAAGGACACACAGCUAUUUGAUAAGUACGUUGACUAUUUCUAGGAUGAAAACGGUUUUAGCACAGUUUUUCGAUGCUUGAAGAUUCAACGAAGUAAGGGGCUCAACGGUGUUUACAGAAUAUAUAAUCAUUACUAGGACGUUUAUUAAAUUAUUAAAUAGUAUAAAUAAGGCCCAUAUUAUAAGACCGAUGCGCGUUAUUAUAUACGAUAUAAGUCAGUGGAUCUUAUCAUGAAAUUGUUGCUAGUAAGUUUGUAAAUUUUAUUGUAAAAUAAAAGAAAAAUCUAAAACCACUUAUCACAUAAACUAUAAA